UCCCCCACCUCUAUUUUGUCGUCUAUAACAAAUAUGGCUUCUAAGUAUGGCCUAUUGGUUCGUGUUCUCUUAAUUGCAGCUUUGAUGCAAUUUCGAACGUUUGUUGUCAUUGGUGAACCACAAGUCCCAUGUUACUUUCUGUUUGGUGACUCUCUAGUCGAUAGUGGCAAUAACAAUAGAUUCGUGAAAGCCGAAAAAGCCAAUUACCCGCCUUAUGGGAUCGAUUUUCCACAAGGCGUCACUGGUAGAUUCACCAAUGGUCUUACCACUCCCGACAUCAUUGGUCAACUUCUAGGUUUUCGUGAUUUCACUCCACCGUAUGCUACCGUAAGUAACGAAGAGAUCAUCAGGGGUGUAAACUACGCUAGUGCUGGUGCUGGUAUUAGAAAUGAAACAGGAAUGAACGUGGGUGAACGAAUCAUAUUCGAUGAGCAACUACUUAAUCAUGAAGCAAUAGUUUCACGGAUUUCAGCCUUGCAAAACAACAAAACAUUUACAAUUGAAUACAUACAAAAGUGCAUUUACUUGGUAAACAUAGGAAGCGACGAUUACGUCAACAACUACUUGAUGCCCAACAAUUACCCAACAAGCAACAUAUUCACCCCCGAUCAGUAUGCAGCAGUCCUCAUUCAGCGAUACUCGCAACAACUAACGACUUUGUACAACUUGGGAGCUAGGAAAGUUGUUUUGUUCGGUUUGGGUCCGAUAGGGUGCACCCCCGCUGCGAUAGCAAAGUAUGGCACAAACGGGAAACCAUGUGUUGAGUCGCUUAAUAAUUUGGUUAAGCUAUUUAAUGACAGACUCAAGCCUCUUGUUGAUGAUCUUAACAAUGGUUUAUCUGAUGCAAACUUCACUUUCAUCAAUUUUUCGGGGAUUGCUGCACCUCUAAAUGCUGUGCCAAAUAUCGCUUGUUGUCGAAUAGCUGGGCCGGAAGGACUAUGCAUUCCAAAUUCAAACCCUUGUCUUGUUAGGGCUUUAACAGCUUGGUAUGACGGUUUUCAUCCUUCAGAAAGUUCAAACAUAAUCCUCGCAAAAAGAUCAUACAAUGCGCUCUUGCCUACAGAUGCGUAUCCUUAUGAUAUUAGUCACUUGGCUCGACUUUAACAUAUGGAGAGAGAUCACAGUUAUAUGACUUCAUAUGGAACAUACGUAUGAAAUAAUAAUAAUGAGAAUAUCAAUAAAAUUUUAGUAUGUUUUAUUU